AUGGAUAUGACUACCGGUAUCGUCAACGAUUAUGGCAUCGAUGUACGACAGAAUUCGAGUAGCACUAUGGACUCGCCGUCUCCGGAAGGAUAUGGCUGGGUCCACCAGAAGGGUUUGGUUAGUGACUGGAUCGAGGUUUGGGACUAUGUGGGCGGUAUUCGCUUCCGUGGGUUCGUUGCGGAAAAGGCCGGUGAGAAGGCUAUGUUUGUCUUCUUCGAUCAGAAUGUGAUUGGAGGUGACCUCAAAGCUGGGUGA